AAUAAGGCCAGCCCAACCUGUGUCCCAGGUUCCUUAAUUGCUCGUCGCCAGUCUCCAGCCUCAAUAUUCUCGAGUUCUCGACGCACAGCCAGCUUACUGAUAGCCUAGGGUUUCACCAUUUCCACAAGGUACUAAGAAGCAAGAGCUUGUUCGUUCUUUCAAUCAUGAGCAUGAACGGUUCGAUCCGGACCUGCGCAAAGUUGGUGAGGGCUUCAGAAGCAUCUCUAUCAAAAUCAGGAACUAGAGGGUUCCACUCAACCGGAGUGAAGAGAAUGGGUGGACAUGGCCAUGAUGAACCAUACUACCUUCAUGCCAAACACAUGUACAACUUGGACAGGAUGUCGCACCAGAAGUUGAAGGUGACCCUUGGAGUGUUCACGGCCGUCAGCAUCGGCGUGGCUGUUCCUAUUUGGGCUGUCCAUUUCCAACAAAAGAAAACCGCCUCUGGUUGAGAUGGUCGAAUGCAGCAAUAAGAGACGCAUAAUACUGCAGUCUCGGCAUUCUCUUGGAUCCGUUUCUCAUUUACUUCUAUUGUUAAAAGAACGUGGUACAUUUGUUUGAUAAUUUUAUGGCACAUAAGAAUCAGAUUUGAGCUUUAAAAAGGUUCCCAUUUUCCCUUCAA